AUGCUGGACAACAGGGAUGGAGACAAAUCAACCUGGAACUGGGAUCAGCUUGGGGGUUCUCCUGGCCACUCCGGCGCCACGUCCCUGAGCCCGUCGGCAGCCUUGUCCACUGGGAAGCCAAUGGAUAGUCACCCCAGCUACACCGACACCCCAGUGAGUGCCCCGCGGACUCUGAGUGUGGUGGGGACCCCUCUCAAUGCCCUGGGCUCUCCGUACCGAGUCAUCACUUCUGCCAUGGGCCCACCCUCAGGAGCGCUGGCAGCCCCUCCAGGAAUCAAUUUGGUUGUCCCACCCAGCUCUCAGCUAAAUGUGGUCAACAGCGUCAGCAUUUCAGAGGACAUCAAGCCCUUACCAGGGCUUCCCGGGAUUGGAAACAUGAACUACCCAACCACUAGCCCUGGGUCUCUGGUUAAACACAUCUGUGCCAUCUGUGGGGACAGAUCCUCAGGGAAGCACUAUGGUGUGUACAGUUGUGAAGGCUGCAAAGGGUUCUUCAAGAGAACCAUCCGGAAGGACCUUGUCUACACGUGUCGGGACAACAAAGACUGUCUCAUUGACAAGCGUCAGCGCAACCGCUGCCAGUACUGUCGCUAUCAGAAGUGCCUUGUCAUGGGCAUGAAGCGGGAAGCUGUGCAAGAAGAAAGGCAGAGGAGCCGGGAGCGGGCCGAGAGUGAGGCAGAAUGUGCCAGUAGCAGCCAUGAGGAUAUGCCUGUGGAGAGGAUUCUAGAAGCUGAACUUGCUGUUGAACCAAAGACAGAGUCCUAUGGUGACAUGAACAUGGAGAACUCGACAAAUGACCCUGUCACCAACAUAUGCCAUGCUGCGGACAAGCAGCUUUUCACUCUUGUGGAGUGGGCCAAGCGUAUCCCCCACUUCUCAGAUCUCACCUUGGAGGACCAGGUCAUUCUGCUUCGGGCAGGGUGGAAUGAGUUGUUGAUUGCCUCCUUCUCCCACCGCUCAGUCUCUGUGCAGGACGGCAUCCUCCUGGCCACGGGUUUACACGUGCACCGGAGCAGUGCCCACAGUGCUGGGGUUGGCUCCAUCUUUGACAGAGUUCUGACUGAGCUCGUCUCCAAAAUGAAAGACAUGCAGAUGGAUAAAUCGGAGCUGGGGUGCCUGCGCGCCAUUGUGCUGUUCAACCCAGAUGCCAAGGGUCUGUCCAACCCCUCUGAGGUGGAGACUCUACGUGAGAAGGUUUAUGCCACCCUGGAGGCCUACACCAAGCAGAAGUAUCCAGAACAACCAGGCAGGUUUGCCAAACUGCUGCUGCGCCUCCCUGCCCUGCGCUCCAUUGGCCUGAAAUGCCUGGAGCACCUCUUCUUCUUCAAGCUGAUUGGGGACACGCCCAUUGACACCUUCCUCAUGGAGAUGUUGGAGACCCCCCUGCAGAUUACCUGAGCCCCAGCAGCCGCAGCACCCCAGCUGGGAGCACCCCGGGCAGGUGUGUGUGGACCCCGCCCUGCACACGACCCUCCACUUCCCACCCCGACCCCCUUCCUCUUCCCAAAAUGUGAUGCUUCUAAUAAAGAAACU